UGUCUGAGAAAACUGUCAUUUCACUAAUAGGUUUAAUGCUCGGAGUUAGAAUGAAUAAUUUAAGAAAAUUUAUAGACAUCGGGGCCAAUUUGACAGAUCCUAUGUAUCAAGGAAUUUAUUAUGGAAUAAAAAAACAUCAGCCGGAUUUGGAUAAAGUUUUAGAACGAAGUUGGAACAAUAAUCUUUCAAAAAUUAUAAUCACUGCCGGUAAUAUAGCAGAAAGCGAACAUGCUCUUGAAAUAGCACGAACAGAUGAACGAUUAUUUUCAACAGUUGGUUGUCAUCCAACACGUUGUCAUGAAUUUGAAAGCUGUGGUGAUCCAGAAGAAUACCUCAAAUCAUUAUCAGACCUAGCAUUAAAGAAUAAAGAUAAAAUUGUUGCUAUUGGUGAAAUGGGAUUGGACUACAACAGACUACAAUUUUGCUCAAAAGAUGUUCAGAAAAAGUAUUUUGAAAUGCAAUUAUCUUUGUGCUCUACCUUAAAAUUACCAAUGUUUCUACAUUGCCGCAAUGCUAGUGAAGAUUUUGUAAGAAUUUUAAGAAAACAUAAAGAUAUAUUAACAGCUGGUGUUGUGCACUCCUUUGAUGGUAAUCCAGAAGAAGCUAAUUCUAUUUUACAAAUGGGAUUGUAUAUUGGUAUUAAUGGAUGUUCUCUUAAGACAGAAGAAAAUCUUUUUGCUGUUACAACUAUACCAUUAGACAGAUUAAUGAUUGAAACUGAUUGUCCAUGGUGUGAAAUAAGGACUUCUCAUGCUUCUGCAAAAGAUGUUAUUACCACUUUCCCAUCCAUUAAAAAAGAAAAUUGGCAACCUGAUCGAAUGGUUAAAGGGAGAAAUGAACCAUGCACUAUAGUCCAAAUUUUGGAAGUACUGGCGCGAAUUAGAGAUGAAGAAGAAGAAUAUUUGUGCAACCAAAUAUACAAAAAUACAAUGAAAGUCUUUUUUCCUCACGAGCUUUAA